AUGGCCAGCAUGAAGCUGCUAGUGUUGCUUGCUCUCUUGCAGGUCCUGCUCCUCCACGCCCACGUCUCCGAAGCCAAAAAGCAUCACAAGCCGGGGACAGCCGCCGCGGGCACCUGCAAAGCCAGCGGCGUCCUCCACGGCAAGGCCGGAAACUGCAAGAAGUUUCACGGCUCCGACUGCUGCCGCGCGGGCGAAAGCUACCCGCAGUUCCGGUGCUCGCCCCCCGUGUCCGCCAAGACGCCGGCGAUCCUGACGGUGAACAGCUUCGAGAAGGGCAAGGACGGCGGCGGCCCGUCCGAGUGCGACAACAGCUACCACGACGACAGCGAGAAGGUGGUCGCGCUGUCCUCCGGGUGGCUGCGGCUCGACGGCACGAAACGGUGUGGCAAGAAGGUCCGUGUCACCGCCGGCAACGGGCGCUCCGUGGUGGCCAAGGUCGUCGACGAGUGCGACUCGGUGAACGGAUGCGAUGACGAGCACAACUUUGAGCCGCCGUGUGCUCCCAACAUCGUCGACGGGUCGCCGGCGGUGUGGAAGGCGCUAGGGCUCAAUGAGGACAUCGGUGAGGUCAAGGUCACUUGGUCAGAUGUCUGA